AUGACCCUUUGUCAUGUCGAUAAAAUUGAAGAUCCCGGUGCUUUGUACGACAGGUUAAUGUGCUUGAUCGUCAAAUUAGCUCGAUAUGGACUCAUUCAUGGAGAUUUUAAUGAAUUCAAUGUUAUGCUUGUUGAGAAGGAGAAAGUUGUGCUGAUCGAUUUCCCACAGAUGGUGAGCAUGGAUCAUACCAACGCAAAGUACUAUUUCGAUCGGGAUGUGGAAUGUGUUCGAACUUUAUUCAAGCGCAAAUUCAACUACUUGUGCGAUGAAUAUCCGAAGUUUGAGGAUAUGACAAGAAAAUUCAACCUCGAUGUUCAACUAGAAGCUAGUGGUUUCACGAAGAAGAUGGCCGAAGAUCUGAAUAAAGCGUACGAUGAAGGAAACUUCCUGAUGCAUGAAGAACAAAAUAAAGAGGCCACGAGUUCGGAUGAGUCUGGCAAUGGAGAUGAGGAAGAAGUGGAGUGGGGCAGCGAAUUGAGCGAGGUCGAAGAAGAGGAUGAGGAUGAAGCCGAUGAUAUCGACAAAGAAGAGCAAGUAGCUGAGGAACAGGAGAAUAAGAAAAAGGAACAAGAGCUCAAUAAAUCGUCACGAUUCGAUUCUUGGCUUAAAGAUGCCACGUCGCAGCUAGAUGAGAUUUGCGAACAAGAGGGAGGCGAAGAGCACAACUUAGUUGACCAUCCAAGGAUAGUUCAAGCUGCGGAAGAAGCAAGAAGAGAUCGUGAGGCGUACAUCAAGGCACGAGAAGAAGCUGAUCAAGAGGAAUUGGAGGCGAUUGAACGAGAAAUCGGUGGUGAUGCACAAGAGGACAAUGCAAAGCGACAAACUAAAAAGAUUAAGACUGGAACAAAAGGCAACGGUGAAAUGGCGAGCAAUGGGCACUUGUGCAAGCACAUGGCCGCCGCGGAUGCUGUGAUUCCUCCGGACUUUGAGCUUCCGGUUGAUGCGUUCGAUAUCCCGCAUUGCUACGAAGGAGAUCUGGGAGCGGUGAUUGUACCAGAAGGAAUGAUCAAGGAUCGUGUGAGGAGACUUGCUAAGGAUAUACACGCAAAAAUUGGAGACAACGAGCUGAGCUUACUCUGUGUGCUCAAAGGAAGCUACAAAUUUUUCACAGCAUUGGUUGACGAGUUGGCGUACGCUCGCUCCUCAUGCACUCAACCCAUGACCGUUGACUUUAUCAGAUGUCAGAGCUAUGAGGAUACACAAUCGACAGGUAUGAUUCAAAUCAUCGGACUCAGCAACCUUCAAGAGCUCAAAGGAAAGAACGUAUUGAUAGUUGAAGACAUUGUCGACUCGGGGCAAACGUUGGCUCGGCUGCUUCACACUCUCGAGGAAUUGGGCGCACAAAAAACUUGGACGACGACCUUGUUGAGCAAAAAUGUCCCGAGAAAGGUUGAUGUGAAAGAGGACUUUGUCGCGUUUCGAAUCCCGGACAAAUUCAUAGUCGGCUACGGUUUGGACUACAAUCAGAAAUUCCGCGACCUCAACCACAUUUGCGUGAUGAGCCCGAAGGGAAUCGAAAAAUACCGCAAUAAA